AUGGUUUUCACACAUCACUCGUUGACAUAAAAAUCGUAUUCGAAAAAACCCAUGAAAUAGCCUCUAUUUAUGCUGUGGGAACCGAACUUCAGUUUCAACCAUCUAACAAUAGCGUGACGUCAUUUCUCAUUGUAACAUAACAGCAAUGUUCACCUUAGUUGGUAGUGCGCCUCGUCGCGUACUAUAAGGAAUAAUUCUUUUCGUCUAUAUUUUUAACAACAAUUUUAUAAUUAACCACACUGUAGAGUUACGCCCCUUUUUAUGCUCUUCAUAUUAAAGAAAUGAAAGUUGAAUGGCGGAAAAAACAAGAUUAAAUGGUUUUGUUAUUAAAUACAUUUUAUUUAAGCUUUUGGUGGUACUCUUUGAAGAUUAUUAUGUAUUUACAUAAUAAUUUAACUUCUCGAAGGACAUAAAAUAUGGAUAUUGACAGUGACGAUGAUGACUGGGAUUUUAAAUCCACAAAAUGUCUGAAAAAAGCAAAACGUGAUGCAGGCAUCCGUGAUUUAAAACGUUCCACCAGUGACACUGACAGAAACAAUGAAAGCGCUUUCAGUAGUUGCACAAAGAACUUUUCAAAAUUGAUAUCGUCGGUAAAUCUAUCAAGACAUUGUAAACGUAACCAUAAUAAUAAAAGAACGAAAGGUCCACAUUGUUUAGAACCAAAACGUAAAAUAAACGCAAAAGAUAUGGGCACCUUGAUGACCGGUGAAUCAUUUUUUUCAAAUGCGACAACAGACAUUGAUUGUAUUAUUAUAGGAGAAUCGAGAACUGGUCAUUCUUUGCCAAGUCUUCAACAUUUGACAACUGACAAAACUAAAAUUAUAAGGGACAAAAAGGUUGGAGAAAGGGAACGGAAAGAAAUCAACAGAAGUGAUUUACACACUAAUAGUAAUGAAAGAAAGAACUUUAAAUCAAAAGGGAGACGUUCUCCAAGAAAAACUAACUCGAAAAACAAAUUGUUAAAAACACCACCAAGAAACAAACAUGAAGGUCACUGUCCCUUUUGCCAAAUGCCUUUUGCUGCAUUGAUUAUUCAGUCUCCAAACUGGCAUACAAUGGAGUGUAUGGAUUUGCCAAUAACCACCACUGCAGAAUGUCCAGCUGGAUUGAACUGUGACAGCACACUCCAGAGUCACUACAGGAGAUUUUCUCACACUCUGCUGGCCCAGACUCGUGCUGGAACCUCUCCAGCAACAUCAGAAACAUCAGCUUCAAGUCCACACUCAAAAGAGACCUUCACUUGUGAAUCCAACACUGCAUACUUGCCUGGUCACGUCACAUCUUCAAGUUCUUCACAAUCCACUCUUUACAUUGACAAGAAAAGCACAGAACUUGCAUUAAAUACGUCUUGUACUCCAGGGUCUAAACUCAAAUCGUGUAAUAAUCCCAAAAGAAGAAACUUGCACAAAAACCAACAACAUUCAGAAUCAAAAAGGAACAUUGCUAAGUUCUUCACUGGUUCUCAGGAAAGCAAGGUUGAUCAGUACUUUAAGUUUGAUUCAGAUAUAACAAUCACUAAUGGAACGUCUUCUCCAGAAAGAUGCAAGCAGAGAGAUCUGGCAGAUGAAGUUAAUCAAGAAUAUACCAAAACAGACUGUACUACUGAGAAUAGAUGUAGGCCUGUACAGAAUAUUAUAUCAGAUGGAGUAUCAGAAAUCAAAGAGGAGAGGUGUAAUAGGAUGUUGAUGGAUUCUGAUAAGACAAUGGUAUAUGCUAAUAAGAUUACAGUGGAUUCUGAUGAAGAAUUGGGAGAUCCUAUGCAUCUUCUGAUGGAGUCGGACACUGAUGUUGAUUCUGUGGAUAGUGAUGGUGCGUCUGUAGAUUUGGUCAAGUCCAGUACUGUUCAAGGUCAUGAUCGUGAUGGAAGGUGUUCCAUAGGGAUGAUCAAGUACAGUACUUCCUCAUCUCUCUGUCACAAUAGCGCUGCUAUAAGUGUGAUAAAGUCCAGUACUGCCAACAGUCUUGAUAUACCGUUUUCUCGUGAUGGUGAAGAUCUUACUGAAUUAAAGGACACUGUUUCUCUAGAAGGAACUGAUUCACAAGUAACAGAGACACUUUCUUCCCUUGAAGCUGAUGACACUGUUGGUGAUUUUGAUGAGGACAUAGAAUGUUCUGAUGUUGAUACUCCAGAAAUGUUGGAAGAUGGUUCUGUAAAAGUCAGGAACUUUUUUUCCCGCAAGUCUUUUCCCACCAGUCCUGAUAUUACUCCCAAUAUUCUACCAAAAGACGAAUCACUGCCAGCAGUAGGUGAUAUUUUAAGAAGUAAUAAUUCUAAACCUAUGGGUAAUGAUGAUACAUGUAGGGUAACAGAUCAGACUGUAGCAAUGUCUGGUGCUGUCAUUGAUGCCACUAUGGCAACUUCUUUAUUGAACUCUACCAAACAAACAUCUUUAUUUGGUUUCUUCCAGAAAGUAAGGUGUAAAAAAGCCACUGGCACAAGUUCUGGAGAUAGAACGACAAACAGUGGAACAUCUACGGGUAAAUCACAUGUAUCUUUGUCUUCUAAUGUAAAUAGGUCAAACAAUUUUGAAAUCAAAGACUCUUCAUCUGUCUGUAGACAGUCAAGAUCCCAGUGGACAUCUGGUGGAAAUCAUGAACAGACAAUCUCAAGGAAAGAUGCCACUUUUGAACAGAAGACAAAAUAUACUGGGUUGGCAACUGAUGUUUCUGCUACUGUUUCAUCCAUACAAAAUCCACAGGAAGGAUUUAGAGGGAGAAAGUACAAUUGUCCAUUUUACAAGAAAAUACCAGAUACUUGUAUAACAGUUGAUGCUUUUCGCUAUGGUAAUAUACCAGGAUGCAAGGCGUAUGUGUUGACACAUUUCCACUAUGACCACUAUGGAGGUCUCACAAAACGUUUCUGUCAGCCAUUGUACUGCACUAAGGUGACGGGUAACCUUGUGAAAGCGAAGAUCAAGGUCAGUGAGCAGUAUAUUCACAUUUUACCCAUGAACCAGCCGUGCAUCGUGGAGGAUGUUCAACUGACACUGAUGGAGGCCAACCACUGUCCUGGUGCUGCAAUAAUUCUGUUCAGACUGAGGGACGGAAGAUCAUUCCUGCACACUGGAGACUUCAGAGCCUGUUCAGAAAUGGAAGAGUAUUCUCCCCUUAAUGGUGUAACAAUUGAUCAGCUCUAUCUUGAUACAACUUACUGCGAUCCUGCACAUGUCUUUCCCAACCAGAAAGAUGUCAUUCAGUUUGCUGUCAGUCUAGUACAGAAGACGAUUGAGCAGAAUUCCAGAACUCUCAUCAUUUGUGGAACAUACACAAUAGGCAAAGAGAAGAUUUUCCUUGCUAUUGCAGAAGCGAUCAACAGUAAGAUAGGCGUGGCCCGUGACAAGAAGGUAAUUCUGGACUGUCUGGAGGAUGUUCGACUGACCGAGCGCACCACACUUCAGCUGGAUGAGUGUCAGAUCCAUGUUCUUCCAAUGGGCAAGCUCAAACCUCAGACUCUUGCAGAUCACCUGUCUCUGUACAAGAACUUCAGCCAGAUUCUAGCUUUGGAGCCAACUGGAUGGACCUACAGCAACAAGCUUGCCUCCCUUGAUCAGAUUCGGCCAAAGUAUAGCAAAACCGGCAUCAGUAUUUAUGGCAUACCUUACAGCGAACACAGCAGUUAUCUUGAGAUGAAACGCUUCACUCAGUUUAUACGACCAGGCAAAAUUCUUCCAACUGUCAAUAAUGGAAAUCCACAGAGUCGCAAGAAAAUGGAGGCUCACUUUAAAUCGUGGAUGGACGAACUUGACAAUCCCGUACCAACCAACACAGUUAAACAGUCUGCCAUUGACAAAUGGUUGUAGCAGAUACUGUCAAUCUGAUUUUUGUUUUCACCGUGAAAACAUUUGAGUGUGUCAGAAUACUUGCCGGAAAUGAAAAAUGUUACGGUCUAAAAAAUUAAAUGUUUUAUUGCUACGGGUUUCAGCUAUUUGAGCUUGACAAAUAUAUUUAUGAUAAAUGUGGCAUAAAAUUAAUUAAGAGAAAGAUCUAUUUAAGUUUGUUUGUGGCAUUUUGGUUCGACAUUUUGAAAAAAAAGAAAAAAGAAAGAAAUGUUUUAUUUAACUAUGCACUCAACACAUUUUAUUUACAGUUAUAUGGCAUCAGACAUAUUGUUAAGGACCACA